AUGUUUCAACCACUUCCAACCAUCGUCCUUAGCUCAUUUGAGAAUCCACAGCAUCGUCUGGUUCUUAGCACUGAUGAGCACAUUCUCAACCCGAUCGUGGAGCUGUACGGGCCAAUUGACGCCUCCGCACCCAACGACGACCCUUCUAGCAUCGUCAGCACUCCGGCAGAGCGAUGGUUUUGGCAAAUGAUUCAUCCGGGCUCGUUUGAUCGCUGUUCCAUUGACGAGAAUUUGGAACCCUGGGGCUGGGCCGCAAAGGUUCCAGGGCCCUCCUUCUCCGGCGACGAGCGGCUACAAGAACUCAAAGAAGAGCUAAUACAGUACGCUAGGACAACACACGGACGACGCGAAGCCGAAAGCGUCAUCGCGAAAUACGAGUCUGAGCUCUUCGAAGACUGUACGUCCCCCGAAGACUUCAAGGCUGCUGAAGAGUACCGGCAAGAUAUCAAAGAGUGCUGGGAGUACUGCAAGGACAUGGAGGUCUUUGACGAACAGUAUGUUCGGAAGACCAAGCCUGAGGGUAUACGCGAUCGCUGGGAGGACCAGGGUGCAAAGGUGAACGAGCUUGUGAGUCCGAUCAGCCAACCUUCCAUCCAUGAGCCCGAGAAGACUCGUGCCGAACACUUUGACGACCUUAAGAACGAGCUUAGGGAUCGCUCCAAGACGCAGGAGGGACGAGCAGCUACUGAAGCUCUCCUCCAGUGCUUCAAAGGCGAGCUUUAUGAGUCUCGGGAUUCCCCCACGGAUAUCAAGGCUGCAGAAGACUAUCUCAAAGAGAUUGAGAUUCUUUGGGAGACCUUCAAGGCGGGAUCUGGAACGGAAGGUCCGCAGAAGCGUGCUCUCAAUCUGUGGCCGUCGCGGAAACUUGCGACGAUCGAGGAGGAGGACGAAGACAAAGAUGACGGUGAGUUCUUUGAAGACUUUGAGGACGACGACGAGAAUGCUCUGAUACGUUCAUUUCAAGCUUCACAUAUACCUAAAUUGAUGAUAUUCACAAUCCCCAGCAACUUUGCCAUCUUCUUUUAA